UUUCUUUAUUUCAUUCUCUGCCGGUUCGGGAGAGGUUUCUUCAGAGGGGUUUGACAUAUACGUGCUGUUAUCAGAUUGAUGGGCCGGUUUGAUUGAAGUGGCUUUGUCAUGCAAAUGUCAGCCGCGUGAUCGAUGAUCGCGGUGCGCUGACAAACUUCUGGAGGUCCCCAUCACCAUUGGCGCCGUGACGGCUCACGUGACCAGCAGCUGAGGUUAAAAAAAAAUAAAAAAAAGUGUUAUAGGGAAUCCCAGGGUGACUUCUCCGUGAGGUGAGAGCUUCUUUUUUUAUCUUCCACAUGACAUACCGAGAGGUUGCAGGGUAGGAGGAAUCCCCCGAAACGCAGGUUGAUCCUCCGUCAUCAAUUUGCGCAUGGAGAAUUCCAGAAUGAACUCUUUCUUAGAGUACUCAAUUUGUAGCCGUGGACCGAACGCCUACUCACCCAAGUCCGGAUACCACCACUUGGACCAAGGCUUCCCGGCACCUUUUCACUCGGGCUCCGGCACAACAAGUGAUAACGGCGAUGGACGGCUUUACGUGGCGGGCAGCGCCCAGGCAGUGGUGGCCCAACAUCAGCACCAGAGCAGUAGCUACGCGCAUCAUCAUCAGCCCCAGUCGCAUCAUGCCAACAUGGUCCUUCCAUAUGGCAGUACAGGGACUGCGGGAUAUGGGACGGAGGCGUGCGCAAACCCGGACUAUGGACACCCACAAUACUUUAUCAACGAGCAGGACGGGAUGUACUAUCAAUCAACGGGCCUUUCCGCCUCCAAUGUAGGCCCCAACUACGGCUCCCUGGCCGGGGCAUACUGCGGGGCGCAGGGGGCUGUCCCAGCGGCACAGUACCAGCACCACGGCUGCGAGGGCCAGGACCACCAGCGGGGUUAUUUGCAGAGCACCUAUGUUGACAUUUCGGCCUCUCAGGAGAGGGAGAAGGACGCAGAGCAAACACCACAAGGAAAGACUUUCGACUGGAUGAAAGUCAAGAGGAACCCCCCUAAAACAGCUAAAGUGGCUGACUAUGGAAUGGGACCCCAGAACACCAUCCGCACCAACUUUACAACCAAGCAGCUGACCGAGCUCGAAAAGGAAUUCCACUUCAGCAAGUACUUGACGCGGGCCAGGCGCGUGGAAAUCGCCGCCACCCUCGAGCUCAACGAAACGCAGGUGAAAAUCUGGUUCCAGAACCGCAGGAUGAAACAGAAGAAGCGCGAGAAAGAGGGCCUGGCCUCAGCCUCGAGCACGGGUUCCUCCAAGGACCUGGAAGACAACUCGGACCAUUCCAGCUCCAUAUCUCCUGGCGCGUCUCCCAGUUCCGAGACCUAAUGGACCAAAUAAACUGCAACUUGCAGACACUGAACUUCAAAGUGAUGAACUCGAAUGGGAAGAACAAGUGAACUGAUUGAUAAUAAGUCAAAACAUUCCUAUCCAUGCUUGAAUAGACUAUUCCACCCGUUAUGCAACACGUCUGUAAGAGGAGUUUGUUUUGUAUAGGAUUUAAACUCAAAUAAUAACUUUGAAACGCACACUUCGAGGGAGAAAAAACGAGGUGACAAAGGCACAACUGUGGAUGAUGUGCGCAACAUCUUUCUCGACUAGACGUUUCUUUCCACCCCACAAAAUCUGUUUGGAUGUACAGGGUCGUAAAUCUUCAUACCCACGACUAUUGGAGUGAUGCACUUUUGCAUGUUUACAAAUCUCAAAGCGAGCCUUAUAAUACUGUUUAUACAGGGAGCCUCUUGGCAAAACAUAGUAUUGUUGAAUUUAUUUCUAUUUUGUAGUGUUUUUAAAAAAUGUAUUUCUUCUUAUUUGUAUAGAGGUUUUGACAUGAAACGACUUUACCGUCAGUAAGUUAGGUAGAAAGGGUUCAUGUGUUACUGACUCUUUGCACUAUAGAAUUAUUACUUUACACGGGAAGUUGUGUGUGUGAUUUGGCGAUGUUCUUUAAUUGAAAUAUACAGUGAAAUUACUAAUUUAAACACGAGCGGGUGGAUUACCGAAUGCUAUUCACUCUAGUAAUGUCAACACAUGUCUGUAUAGCCAAUUGUUAUUGUCUAAAUAGCAGACGUGAACUAAACCUAUACAGGGAAUGGUUCACGCAAGAUGACGUUAUCCAAAAUGACGAAUGAUGAUUAGAGGGAGUAUUUAUAUUAUUAAAUGGCCAGAGGAUAGAAAACGUUUAUCAUGUCAUACAACUAAAAGGAAAGUUUAUUGCAACGUUUAACACCUGCCUGAGUGAAACCAACUCGACAAUUUACUUUUGAAUUGGGCCUUUUUGGAUUAAUAGGCUGUAACUUUUCCAUGAUGGAGUCAAACGUUUUGAUAAUAGGCUCGUGUCUUGCGAAAAACAGGGUAUUCUGAAGUUAGUUUUAUUUUCUACGGUGAGGCCUACAUUUCUAUUUCAAGGCAAUAGGAGUGAAUUGUAUUAUUUGUAUGUGCAGAUCGACUGAGUUGUAUUAGUUAAUGUCUGUUUUACAUGUUUUGGAAAGGAUCUCAAUCAAUGCUGGUUCAUCUCUGUCUACCUCAAAUAAAAAUAAGA